AGCUGUCGGGAGCAACUGUGACAAGGGACACGGUGCGGCUUCCCUUUUGACAUAACACAAGCAGAACAGGAGAAACAAUUAAGUGAGGGGCAAUUUCAAGAAGUACAAGACGGUGGGCAACAACUCAUUCGCUACUCCUAAUCCGGUGACUUCAAUGGAAAACAUGGAGAAGUUUUCAGUCCAAUUAAAUCACAGGCCUUAAUGACAAGGACAGGUCCUGCAAGAGGCAUCCAGUCAGUGGCUGUCUUGAAGUGGGGCUGAGACAAUCAAGGCACUAUAAAGCAAGGGAAAGCAGGGAAACAGUGACAAAGUGUGAAAAGAGAUGCCACGCUCAUUCCUGGUGAAGAAAAAGCACAGCCCUGCCAGCGUCCAUCGCUGGAGUGAAGCACUGGACCAACAUAGGGGAGACAGAUACGUUCCAGACUGUGUCAUCAUGCCGACAUCCAACCAGUCACCCUAUCACUCAGUGUCUUGUCAGCCUCAAUCGGUCAGUGGUCUCCGUCAAAGGGAGAGUCAGCCAGCAGGAGUGUGGAACAGAGAUGGUCUCGAGUUGGGUGAUCCACAGACAUCCAGGGGUGGUCUGCACCCAUACUGCACAACCAGCCUCCAACAUGUUCCCAGAGCCAAGGGUCGGGCAGCCCAUUCCCAAGGGGAUUUCCUGUGCCUGGUCUGCAACAAAGUGUUUCCACUUCAGCGCAUGCUGACCCGUCACUUGAAGUGCCACAGCGCAGUCAAGAAGCAUGUGUGUCGCUACUGUGCCAAGGGUUUUAAUGACACCUUUGACCUCAAAAGGCAUAUGCGCACUCACACAGGUAUACGGCCAUAUCGAUGUGAAUUAUGCGAGAAAGCAUUUACACAGCGUUGCUCGCUGGAGUCGCACCUUAAGAAGAUUCACGGAGUGACCCAGCAAUAUGCCUACCGCGAGAGGCGUUCCAAGAUUUUUGUGUGCGAGGACUGUGGCUACACAUCAACCAAUGGAGAGGAAUAUUACUUACACAUGCGGGAACAUCACCCUACCAGCCCUGCACUUCGGCGCUAUUUCCGCAAGCAUGCUGCCAGCACAGCCACCAAGCUAGGCACAGUGCUGUUCUACCGUAAUACGGGAGCCUAUUACCUCUGAAAAGGCACAAAAAUACUCAUCCCAAGUACUAAGCCUUAACUGUGAUGGUUGGACCCGCUCAAUUUCACAUCCAAAAACAAAACAAAUAACAAAUGACAGUUGUAAUACUUGGCCUGCUAAAUAUGAACAAA